AUGUAAUAACUGCUGGUGAAAUAACUCAAAUCAAAAGCGCCGCCAUUGUUUUUGUUAGUAACAUAUGAGGCCCGUAAAUUAGACGUAGAGUUUAGCUCAUAACCACCGUCGUCUUUUGUGAUGCUAGGUUUAAAUAUGUCUGCUACGUUGUUGUUGCCAGUUAACGUCGUCUCGUGUUAACUUUUUCAUGUACGCCAGAGUCUGGCAACGGUUGAUGCAACACUGAAGAGUGAGACGUCGUUCAUUCACCCUCCUCUUGUGUCGCCAGUUCGACUUCAGACUGGACCCGCGUUACUUGUCCCCGUGAAGGCGACAGAACAUGAGCAAAGAGUCCAGAAUGAGGGCAACGAUAAACCAGAAGCUGACAGAGAUGGGCGAAGGAGAGAGACUGAAGGAGUUACUGAGAGCAAAGCUCACUGAGUGUGGAUGGAAGGACCAGAUGAAGGCUCACUGCAAAGAAGUGAUCAAAGAUAAAGGCCUGGAGCAUGUCACUGUGGAGGACCUGAUGGUAGAGAUCACUCCUAAAGGAAGAGUCUUGGUGCCAGACAGCGUCAAGAAAGAGCUUCUCCAGAGAAUAAGAGCCUUUUUAGCUCAGCAUGCCACAUAAUUUUGAUUUUUACAUUUUUAACAUUUCAUUAGACCACUCUCCUUUACGAUCACUAUAUACAAUAUGUUAAUGAGUUGAUUUACUUGAAUUUUCAGAGACAUACAAUACUGACACACUCUUGGCUAUUUGGUUGUAUGUUUUUACCUGUGACUACAGUUAUCACAUAUUUGUAGAUGUGCUUACCUUGCACAUUUAGUUGACCUUUGUAUAUGAGAAAUAAAGUUUUUGAUUUAUUGGA